UGCGCGGCCCGGGCCGGAAGUCGGCGAGUUCCCGGGCGUGUGUCGGUGUCUGUCUCCCAGCUGCGCGCGGCCCGGCAGGCUCGCUGGGGAUUCCCGUCCGAGGCGCUAGCACUGUCACUACUGUCACCCACGGAGCCACUGCCAGAGGGGAGUAGACCCGGCCCUUCGCCGGGCAUUGAAGAUGUUGCCCUUGUCCAUCAAAGAUGAUGAAUACAAACCACCCAAGUUCAAUCUGUUCGGCAAGAUCUCGGGCUGGUUUAGGUCUAUCCUGUCGGACCAGACGUCUCGGAACCUGUUUUUCUUCCUGUGCCUGAACCUAUCUUUCGCUUUUGUUGAACUACUCUACGGCAUCUGGAGCAACUGUUUAGGGUUGAUUUCCGACUCUUUUCACAUGUUUUUCGAUAGCACUGCUAUUUUGGCUGGAUUGGCAGCGUCUGUUAUUUCGAAGUGGAGAGAUAAUGAUGCUUUCUCUUAUGGGUAUGUGAGAGCGGAAGUUCUGGCUGGCUUUGUCAAUGGGCUUUUUUUGAUCUUCACCGCUUUUUUUAUUUUUUCAGAAGGAGUUGAGCGAGCGCUGGCCCCGCCGGACGUGCACCACGAGAGGCUGCUGCUGGUUUCGAUCCUCGGGUUUGUGGUGAACCUGGUCGGGAUCUUCGUCUUCAAGCACGGAGGUCACGGGCACUCUCACGGCUCUGGCCACGGACACAGCCAUUCCCUCUUUAACGGUGCUCUGGACCAGGCCCACGGCCGGGGAGACCACUGCCACAGCCACGAACCGAAACACGGGGCUGCACACGGCCACGGGCACAGCCACGGCCACGGGCACUUCCACUCCCACGAUGGCCCCUCCUUCAAAGAAACAGCAGGACCCAGCAGACAGAUUCUACAAGGUGUGUUUUUACACAUCCUGGCAGACACCCUGGGGAGCAUCGGGGUGAUCGCCUCCGCCAUCUUGAUGCAGAAUUUCGGUCUGAUGAUAGCGGACCCUAUCUGCUCCAUCCUCAUCGCCAUGCUCAUCGUCAUCAGUGUUAUUCCUCUGUUAAAAGAGUCCGUUGGGAUAUUAAUGCAGAGAACGCCUCCUGUUCUGGAAGACACCCUGCCUCAGUGCUAUCAGAGGGUGCAGCACCUGCAGGGGGUGUACAGUCUGCAGGAGCAGCAUUUCUGGACCCUGUGUUCUGACGUGUACGUGGGGACCUUGAAGUUGGUGGUGGCACCGGACGCUGAUGCCAGGUGGAUUUUAAGCCAAACACAUAACAUUUUUACUCAGGCCGGAGUGAGACAGCUUUAUGUACAGAUUGACUUUGCAGCCGUGUAAGGAAUGAAGGGAAACCGCUUCUCCGGGGGACCCACGUUGUCUGGUACUGUACCCGGCUUCUUAACAGAGAGAGCAUCACUGUGGCUCCCCCGCACCGGGCAGACGGGACCAGCCACUGGUGCCCUGCGGGGGUUCACAGCUGGGGGGCCAGAACCGAGACCCUCUCUCCUGGACGUUGGGCCUGGUCCUUGGUGCCUGCCCCUCCCGACCGUUCGGAUUUCUGAGCUCUCUGGGUUUGUCCCAGGGUGCUGUUUUUGUUUGUUGGUUUGCUUCUCUUUCCUCGUUCCCUUGCCGGUGUCCUCAGACCACCCCUCCUCCUGGCCAGUAUGAAGCGCAGCUGCGGGCCUCCAGUCAUUGGGACGGUCCUCACUGAAGUGGCUGCAAACCGCUUCUUUCAUUCCCACAAAACCAGUGUUAUUAAAAAGAGAAAGAAAAGAAAUGGAAAUCUUUUUUACAUGUAAUGUCACGGUUGCUGACGUUCUUCAGUAUAAUCAUACGUUUGUGAAAUUGUUUGUACCUUGCAAACUUAUGAACCAAACCAUAUUGGGUUUUCCAAGUGCCUUUGUCUCGGAAAUGUACUCGCCAGCAGAGACAUCCACCGUCGUGUGUGUUUUUUAGAUAUUCUGUGAUCUGUACAAAAUAAGGCUCUUGUUAGUAAUGUAUACGGAUUGUCACUCUGUGAGCUUUCGGCAGAGGUCUAGCUGUACGGAAGUUCUCCUUUUAUUGCUCUAUCUUGUCAAAAAAAUAAUAAAAGGUAAUGUUUUGCUUUUUAAAUCCAAUUCGAUGAUCACAUUACAUUGUUUUGUGGAUUGUGUUUUCACAACUUUGCAAAUGCAUCUGUUAGAAAGGUUGUUUAGACUUUUUCCGGUCGCUAAAUUCCAAACUUCUGCACGAGCUUUCCUCCAUUCGUCUGUUCUUGCUCAUAUUUGUGGGUGUUCUUAAUGAAAGGAAAAGGUGACGUGCUGUGAAAACAGAAAUGGCUGGAUGGUGUCCUUUUGCUUUGUCACUGUUCAGAUGCUGGGUCACAGGCCACUGCACCCAGCCACUGCGUCUGGGCCAGCGAGGGUCCGGGGGGGGGGGACGGGGAGCAGUUCGUCCCCACACUGGUGUCCUGGGGGCUGCCAGAUCAGCUGGUUUCCAGGCGCCCGUGGGUUUGGAAAGUAAAACUGCCACCUGAGAUGACAAGUGCUUGACCAGCCUGUACAAACACACUGUCGCAUUGCACUUCCUUUUGUCCCCACGCAUGAAACCGUGAGACUGUCGGGAGACCAAGGGCCUGCAGGAUGGAAACGAUUGGGGGACGCAGAUCGGUGAUGAGCGCGUUCUCACUGCUGUGGCAUAGGCUGCUGCUGACCCUGUCUAAGGUCUGGCGUAUCCUUUUCCCCGUCUCUCACCCACUGUAUUAGGGAAACCGAGCUACGCUCUUCCUGCUUCUCUAACCUCCUGCAGAUGGCCAUGAACUCUCCCUUCUCUCCUUCCUGCAGACUGGUGUUCUCAAAACCUUUUUUCUUACCCGCCAGGCAGUUCUGAAGGUCUGUUCUCCUGCAGUGAAACGUGCUCAUUAGCUGGACCAGUGGUUGGGGGGACGGGUGCAAGGAGAGGUCCCGAUGCUGCUGCUGCUGCUUUGUCAUGAGAGUCAGGAAAAAGUCCCUGCGAAGGCUCACCCACUGCCAAGCCCGCUGGAACCCUGGGCUGCGCACGGGGUUCAGGCCUUUAUGGGAAAUGCCAUUCGGGCGAAGGCAGGGAUUUAGGAUGUCUUUAAAAACUAACUGUGUAAUUGUGAUGAUGUUUCCCACGAGGACAGAACAUCUGCACUGGCUUGUAAAAUUCGUGAGUGAUGUUGAAGGUCGACUCUGCCUGCCGCUGAGCCCUCCCUUCCGUGCGAAGCUGUGAUCAGUCGGUGCACAAGGGCAGCAGGGUGGUUUUUUCUUUCCUGGAUAAGACGUGAAUGGAGGGGAUCCCAGAGUGAUAGAAUGUCUAACCUCGCACCUGCCCCAGAGAUGGCCAGCUCCUGUCAUUUGGCUGGUCGGCAUUAACAUGUAUACUUUAAUUAAAUGUAUUUAAGCUUGCGUGUGCAACAGUAAAAAAUUAGGGAGAAAAAGCAGUUUCUCCUGCACUUUGAGGAGUUGCUGUGUUUUACUGGUGUUCCUGGCCCAGAUGUCUUGCUAACGUAGAUUAAUUUCACUGAGAAAUAACUAGUUAAUAAUUGUUGUAAGUUGAGAAUGUCCCUAUGGUCGGGCUGACCUUGGGGUAGCAGGGGGUGGAAAUCUCAGUAUCUGAGUAUAACUCUGCUAAUAGUUCAGAGACCAAAUACUCUCGGAGAGCCAAUUCCUAUCACUCAGGGAAAGUUUACUUUGCCAAGUAAACGUCCCUCAGCAGAAGUAUCUGCGCCGGUUCUGUGCCUCCGAGUCCAGGUUCUACUGGCCAAGAAGGGCUCACCCUCUGUGCGGCCCUCAUCCUGCUGACUCCCCAGCACCUCGGUGAGGGACAGGGCCUAGCUCGUCUGUAGUUCUGUGCUCCCCGCGGUCAUGCCCACGCCAUCUUCUGCCGAGGCCGACAGCAGUGUGGUCACGUGUCCUUGGUGCUCUGAUUCCCCUGCAUCCAGACGCCUCAGCUUGGAGGCCAGAAACCAAAAUACUGUGAGCGUCGUGCACUUUGCGAAGCGGCCAAAUCCCUGACCCCAAACCUCUGAUGGUUUCGCCUGUACCGUCCGCGUGGUGGGUUUUUCGCGUGAGCACCCCCACGGAGGAUGCCGGGGUUUAAGAACAAAAAUAUUUCAUGGCUUGACCCAGAAUGUGACGUCUGAGGCGACUGUCCUUCCGAGCAGUCUGCUCUGCCUCCCAUUUUUCAGAUGAGAACGUCAAGCCCAGAAACGCUGGCCCUUCCUCAAGGUCACGGAAGCCAGUCGUGGCCGAGCCAAGACCAGACGCCAGGUCUCGUGCUUGCGGGGGCCACCACCUCACGUGCUGCCCGGCUUUCCGUAAACGUGACGGGAAAGCGUCUGUAUAGAGGACAGCCCACCUCCAUUCUGGGUACAUGACGCACUUUAUAAAUGGAGUUUUCUGUCUUAUUUGUCAUGUGUGGUGAGGAGGUUUAGAAUAUUAUUCCCGUAGUAUUCUUUAUGGGAGGUAGAAUUAAAGUUUUUUACUUCUUUUGUACUCUUGUGGAGCCAGUCCCCGAUUUUUACACAACCGAUGACGUCCGUGUAUCGGAGCCUUCUCGCCUCUGAGCGAUUUUCCUGGCCACUUGCCCUCGGCUCAGUGCAGCGCGAGGGGCGCUCGUUCUUUGCUUCACGCGUGUUCUGUGAGCUCAGGUGCUCCGUGGCAGCCAGGCCCCUGGGCGGGUCCUGCCAUCUCAGUCUGGCGCCCUCUGUUCUCCGUGCCCGGGGCGCCUCUGAACGUCCAGCGUUGUUCGUGGAGCCACACAAAGUUGGGCAGUAAAGCUGGUGUGCAAUGAGAUUGAUUCUUUAAUUCAGCAGGGGGAAGUCUGGAGCUCUGAAUCAGAACCCCAAAUGCUGAACUGUUGGGAUUCAUCUCUCCAAGUCAGCAUUAAUGACCUUGAGAAAUGUUUUUUGGUCACCGCCCUCAAAACAAAUUAGUUUCCGAUUCGCAAGGUCUUUGGGAAAAAGGAAAUUAUUUUAUUCUUUGAGGAACACUGAUCGAAAGUUUCGUUACUGGAAGGCUGUUUCCAGACGCAUCCCCCAGAAGCCUCAGUGACUCAGAUCUGGGCCCCAGAGUCAGGACAGGCUUUGGCUGCUGUCCCACCAUCUUCUAACCAAAAUUAUCCAGAAAGAAAGGUUGGGGUUUAACCUUUGGUGCGUGUUCCUGCGUCGGGCUCUGGGCGCGGCCUUUUCAUGUUCUCGUUGGAAAUCCCCACGUUUCUGCAAAGAAUUUUGAGCGAUGUGAUGAUCGACAGCGCUUUCAGAUACGGUUUCUUUUCUGAUUCUCCCGACACCGGGAGGAAGGGACUCCCACCCCCAUUUUCCAGGUGAGGAAGCUGCUGCAGCCGAGAAGGGGGGGCCCUGCUCCCCACGGACUUCGCAGUCUGGGCUUUGCACUCCGUCCCUCACGUCUGUCUGCCUGAACGAGUUCAAGACCCAGACCCGGAAUCUGUCGCUGGGCUGACACUGUCCUGUACAGUUGGCGGCUGUCACCCUGGCAGAGCGGGUGUGGGGUGUGGCUGUCACGGUCGCUCCUUCCACCGUCUCGUUUGCUUACUUCCUGGCUUUGCCGUGGAACCAAAACUGCACUCAGAACUCCCUUCAGCUCCCUUAAGAACUUAAAAAGGUAAAAGAAGAAAGUUCUCUUGGCACUCACGGAGGGACUGGCCUGGGGACAGUCAGGGCCAGUGAGAGUCGGAGAGGCGGGCCUCCGGGCCCAGAGGUGGCACCCCGGGAGGGCGUGGCCUUUCUGAAGUGCCAAACGCCGGUCACCCUGUGUGGCCGGAGAGGGGUGUCUGGGAUUGACGUGCGUUUCACUUUAUGGACACCUUUUCGGGAGGAAUAACUCUAUUUCAUAAUCAGCAGUAAUCUGUGCUUACACCUAAUACCAUUUCACUUUGAACUCUUCCCGCAUCUUUCAAAAUUCACCAUUUGUAAUUUUGAUCAUGCUGUCGGAAAAGAAUGUCUAACUCAUCUAACUCAUCUUGUCACCCCGCACUCAGCGUGGAUUCGCACUCACGAUGCGCAGUAGACGUUCAGGGGGGGUAGACAGCGGUGUGAGGGUCGUGCGCUUUUUUGCCCAGAAAAGCGACUUUCCAUCCUCUCGAGCUGUUUCUUCUUGGGCCGCCCUGUGAGCUGGUCCUUCGUCUUCAUGCGGAAGCUGAGCCGAUGCCCAGCUGUGGGCCGGUUCGCGUCUCGUGGGGUGGGAACGAGGCGGACGGGGCCUGGAACCUGGGUCCCUUGAAUUUUGUCUUUGGCAUCCAAGAAGCCACACUGUGUCCUUUGUUUUUAAGGACAGUUGCCAUACCCCCGUCACUCUGAGGCCCUGGGCAGAACUGUCUUCCACUUCCUGAGCCCCAGGUGGAGUAUCCAAAACUCUUCCCCAGAGAGAUGCUUGAGGUGUUUCCAUAAUGACAACACUACACGUAGGACAGUUCUGAGUCUUUUUAACUUGUUUCCCCCCAGAUACUAAAUUUUAGUACAGCUUCUCUGUGUUUCACUCCUUCCCAUUGCUCCUGCCGGUAGACUUCUUCUGCUUGUGAAAACAAAGCUUUACCUGUGUGAAUCCUGCUUCCCUAUCACCUGUGGUGCCGUGGCCAGGCUCAGGGCACGUUCUGGGUUGAACUAGAUGGACCUCUGACGCGAGUUUGCCAAGUGAUCUGAGUGCUUCCUCUAAAAGCAGCAAAUUCAGUGGCUUUUCUGCCCAAGUGGGGUUUUGCCCCAACACUUGUGAGUUUGGCCAAUAAACAGAAUGGGCUUUUUAUAUGAGAAAUACUGUGAAUGAAAAAUUGCCAAAUCCCCUCCUGGUCUAUUCCCUGUGCCCCUUCCCCUCCUGACCUCCGGUCUUGAAUGGUUUCUAAGCACGUGGCCCAGUUUGAAUGUGGGUUUGAUUCCUUCCGUGAAGACCGGGGGCAUCACACAUCCCCAACAAAUGCUCAAGUUCAAGGCCAGGCUUGACCGUCCACUUCAAGGGCUAUUGUGAUUUGGUUUGCUCACACACACACACACACACACACACACACACGCGCGCGCGAGCAACUCUGAUCCGCCGAAGUACAACACAACAACUCUGUAAUGUCGACUCCGCUUUUUGUUACCGGAAAACAUUUUUGUAUGUUUUGUGUAACCUCAGAUGUAUUUAAAAAGAAUAAACAGCUGUAUCAAAAUUCUUCCAAUAAAGUUUCUGUUUAAAAAUCUUCUA